AUGAAUAAUCCGCCAUCGAUUUUAAGGCGGAAUAACACUUUAGUGGGUAAUAGAGUGAGUGUUACAGGAUCUACCAGACUGUCAAUGUUAGCCAGAUCCAUUGAUAGAUCCGAUAGAAGAUCUUUAUUGUCAACACCACUUACUCGUCGUACUCCUUCCACAUCCACAUACACUGUUACUCAAACACCCGACGAAAGACCAAUCAGAAAUAAGAAUUAUCAAAAUCUUAUCACCAAUGAAAUCUAUGAAUUUUUGAGUAUGAAUAAAUUCGAAUUAGAAAUGAAUCAUCCUUUAACUUCUAAGACCUUGAAAAUACCCACUCAGAAGGAUUUCAUGGUGAUAUUUCAAUUCUUAUACAAUAAAAUCGACCCAUUCUAUAAGUUCACUAAAAGUAUCGAUAAUGAAGUUAUAACUAUAUUGAAGAUGUUAAGAUAUCCUUAUAUCGAAAGUAUAACUAGAUCUCAAAUAUCAGCUGUAGGAGGUAACAAUUGGCCCAACUUCUUGGGGAUAUUGUAUUGGUUGGUGAAAUUGAAUCUUCAGAUUAUGGAAUUUGGAGAUCCUCAAAGGAUAACUUUAGAAGAUGAAUUAGAUGGAUUAUUUGUUAAUUAUACAACCAAAUGUUAUGAGAAUUUCUUGAAUAAUGAAGAUGAUAAUGAAAAGCAUACCAAAGAAUUGAAUGAUGAACUCCAGAAGUUCAACGAUAAAAUCGAUAAGGAAAUAGUCAUAAGAACCGAAAAGAAAAAACAAUUGAAUCAACAGCUAGAUGAGAUCAAUGAAUAUUAUGAACAACUAAAAUAUGGACAAAAAACCACUGAAGCUUUAGAAAAUGAUAUAGUGAAGAUUCAAGCAUAUUUAGAACUGACUGCAGAUAUGAAAUUCCAAUGGGCUAAUCAAAUGGAUAUACUUAAUACCGAAAUCACUAAAUAUGAAGAUAAGAUCAAUAAAGCAAGACAAGAAAAACAACAAUUGAAUACAAAAUUAAGUCAAAAGGGUAUAAAUGUUCUCAUGAUAGAAAAAUUGACUAAUGAAAAACUCACUAUAAUCCGAAAUAUUGAUAUUUUCAAUGAUAAAAUCCGAGAUAUCGAUAUAAUGAUCAAUGAAAAGACCAAAGACAUGAAUAAAAUCAUCACUGAGCUUCAACAAAAGAUUCAAGAAUAUAAUGGGUCCAUAUACAAAAUGGAAUUAAAUGACUAUUUACCACGAGAGAAGUACCAGAUCAAUUUGAAGUUUAAUUAUUUGAAUUUCAAUAGAAAUGAUUUGAACGAAAUCUUAAAUAAAGAUCUUAAAACUGAUAAAAUCGAAUUUAUUAAAGUCAAAAAUAUUUCUAAGGAUUCCAUUAGAGAUUUGAAAGAUUUGAUCCAAAAGAAUUCUAUUGAAAUCUCUAAGGUAACUCAAAUAAAUGAUGAAAAGGAUAGGAAAUUAAGAAACAUUGAAAUGAUCAAUAGUUCCAAAAUAUCAGAAAUCAAUGAUAAAGAAAUAGAAAAUGAAUUCAAAUUGAAUGAAUAUAAUAAAUAUGUUGAAAGAGCCGAAUAUGAGAUAACUGAAAUGAAAGUCAAGAAAGAAGAAGAAUUCCUUCAAGAUCAAAACAACUUAACCACCAUUAGUGAAGAGUUUGAAAAGACUUUGGAUGAGAUUGAUAAGAAGAGGAAAAUCUUAAUGGUAACCACCAGUGAAAUAUCUGCCUUCAUUCAACAGUAUGAGCAUGAUGUCAAUAGUACUUUAAAAGAUUUAGAAUCUUUUAUAGCAAAAGAAGUAGAGGAAUUGUAA